GCCACGGAGCGGCCGUCAGUACAACGUCUGCCGCGACGGAAAAACGUAGUCUGACGGUGUUUACCUUGACGAGCAAAACAAACGGUUCACUCGCGCUGUUUCUGUCACGCUUCGAUGCCGUGCAAAUCAAGGCUGUUUUUAAACUUUGAGAUUCGUUGUCUUUGACCCGAGAUGACAAGGGGGCCAUGAGGUGCCUCUGGACCUCGGUUCUCGUGGCACUGACACUGCACUUGGCUUCCUCUCCUCUUGGAAUCUUGGCUGACGGUGCCACCCAGGACGUGGCACUUGCAGGUGACAGGUCGGGUCGCGUGAGGCGUGGCUGGCAGGUGUACCGCCCAUCCCCCGAAUCCAAGCACAGGCAGGGGGGCGGGGCCAAGCCAGGGGGCGGGUCCGGGUGCUCUGGGGGCGGGGGCGGCAUUUCCACCUUCACCUGGCUCAACUUCGCCCUCGCUGCCGGCCAGCUGGCGACCAACAUCGUGAACAACAUCAACAACAACAACAACAACAACAAUAACAACAACAACAACAACAACAACAACGACAACAACAUCAACGUAGCGAGCAACAACAACAAUAACAACAAUGCCAAUGACGUGCAGUUCCGGCCGCCCAUGGGAAGGCGAGAUGGGCGCAGCGUCACCUCGGAGUUGAGCAUCAGUGACAUAACAUCAAGAACAUGUUCACCCGCUUCUGUUCGUCUGUUCCGCCACUUGACUCAGACUUCGGCGAGCAACGGUACACGCACGUCAGUAGAUAGCAGCAUAAAAGCCAAGGCCCUCUUGGCAGACGAAGAGGCACUAGGAACAUCCCUCGGCACUAUCCUGGCACUUGGCUUGUGGCAGCGAGUAGCGGGAGAGACCGAGCGUGCGUGCAUCCUCCUUGCCUUCUGUUCCGCUUCUGAAACAGCUGCUCGAAGUUCGUCUCUCGGUGACUCUGCCAGCGCUGUGACGUCAUUUCUUAGUCGCAGGUUGGGCAGCUGGUUAGUCCGACAGAGUGACUUCCCGGUGACCGCAGCGGACAUCGUGACAUCCAUCGCCCUUGGGAAAGAGAAUUUUGUCUCUUGCUCCUCCUUAUAUCCUUGCUCACUCCCUGGACCUAGACUUUGGUGGUGAAGCUGUAGAUAUUCUUUAAAG